AACGACUGAAGAAACGAUGGCGGCCGAUCAAGGGUGACUGAGAGUUGUACUAAGAAUAAACUAGGAAAAAUGCAGGUUUCACAACCGAAUAAUGUUAAAAUUUAUAACUUGUCGGCAGGAAAAUCUUUGCCGGAGUGGCUUUCUGAAAGAAAGAAGCGAGCCUUGCAGAAGAAUGAUAUUAACAUCAGAAGACGAAUUGAACUUCUUCAGGAUUUUGAGAUGCCAAUUGCUUCUACAAAUGUUCGUGUUUCUGCAGACAAACAGUACAUAAUGGCUUCAGGGGUUUACAAACCUCGAAUUCGCUGUUAUGAUACAUCAGAGCUUUGUAUGAAGUUUGAAAGAUGUCUGGAUUCUGAAAUUGUGAAGUUCCAUAUAUUGUCUGAAGAUUAUUCUAAGAUGGUGUUCUUAACCUGUGAUCGCCAUGUGGAGUUUCAUGCUCAGUAUGGACGUUAUUAUCGUACCAGGAUUCCUAAGUUUGGACGUGACCUUGUUUACCAUUAUCCAUCCUGUGAUCUCUAUCUUGUAGGAGCAAGCUCUGAAGUAUACCGACUGAAUCUUGAACAGGGAAGAUUCCUAAAUUCUCUUCAGACCAAUGCUGUUGAGAUAAAUACUUGUGACAUUAACCCUGUGCAUCAACUUUUUGCUGCUGGAACAGCUGAGGGGCAUGUGGAAUGCUGGGAUCCCAGAUCACGUAGUCGUGUUGGUUUGCUGGACAUUGGACUCAGUGGAUUUGAUUACCAAAGCUCAGACAAAGUUCCAGCUGUCACAACACUGCUGUUUAAGGAUGGACUGACAAUGGGUCUUGGAACAAGUACUGGGCAUGUUUUGUUGUAUGAUCUUCGGUCUACCAAACCUUUGUUGGUGAAAGAUCACCGAUAUGGCCUACCCAUCAACAGCAUUGCCUUCCAAGAUAAACUGGAUGUUGUGUUGUCUUCUGAUUCAAAGAUCCUCAAAAUCUGGGACAGAGAAACGGGAAAACCAUUCACUUCCAUAGAACCACCCACAGACAUAAAUGAUUUAUGCUUAUAUCCUGACUCAGGUUUAGUUUUCAUGGCAACUGAAUCCCCCAAAAUGCUUGUUUACUAUAUCCCAGCCCUAGGCCCAGCUCCCAGGUGGUGCUCGUUCCUGGACAACUUGACUGAAGAGUUGGAAGAGGAUCAGCAGCCAACAGUGUAUGAUGAUUACAAGUUUGUCACCAAGCAAGAAUUGGAAAGUUUAGGUUUAUCACAUUUGAUGGGAACGAAUCUAUUGCGUGCUUACAUGCAUGGGUACUUCAUAGACAUUCGACUUUAUCACAAGGCCAAAUCUCUGGCAGAGCCGUUUGCAUUUGAAGAAUAUCGUAGAAAACGAAUCCAGGACAAGAUCGAAGAAGAGCGCGCCAACAGAGUCAAGCUUAAGAAACUACCGAAAGUCAACAGAAAUUUGGCUGAGAAGUUGAUGGACGAGAAAAAAGAUAAGAGGAAAGAAGCAGUUGAAAAUUCAGAAGUGAGUAAUCCUCUGGGUGAUGACAGGUUCUCAGCCAUGUUCUCCAACCCAGACUUCCAAGUGGACGAGGAAAGCCAGGAAUUUAAGCUUCUUCAUCCAGUUGUGUCCAAACACGACCGAGAAAGACAGAAAAAACAGAGGGAAAAACAAGUGUUACUGGAACAAUUUGAUGAAGUUGAGGAGCCAGAAGGUCGGCCUAGUGAAGAGGAGGAAUCUAGCAGCUCAGAGGACGAGCGUGAAUGGCGAAUGGAACUGAAAAAACAACAAAAAGAAGCUAAAAUGAAUGAAGAGAAACCUGUCGCAAACAAACCCAAGUUUUACGAGCUGAAAUCUGGCGAAAAUUUUAGGAGCAUGAAGUCUGGCAAAUCGGCAUCGGCUCUGAAAGAUAAGAAAAUAUCGCUUGGAGAACGUCUCCUACAUGAACAAAGUUCUGGUGUAAUCAGAUCAACUGGCUCGUCUUUGGGAGAUAAAGAAAUCACGUUCCAAGUUAAAAAGAGUAACAAAGAGAAACAAAGAAAUGAGGAGAUUCGUGCUCAUGUUAAGGAAAGGAAAAGGCUUCGCCGAUCAGCAACUAGUGUCUUAGGGAAGGAAAAACGCGGGCCGGUGUUUUGGAGAGGAAGGAGAGUUAGAUGACAAAACACAGCAUGAAAUCGAGGGAAACGGCAUGAAAAAGGGGAUUCCGUAUGUAGAUCUGAGAUGAAGUAAGAACGUUUGUCCCGAAUAGGACUGCAGGCAGUAUACUGGUGACCAGAAACGAGAGUUUUCUCGAAUGAAACGGGUUCAAGCCAGCCCAGUUCCAAGGCGUUUCCUUUAGCAUGUAGUUUGGGAAGGAAAGUUAGGUGACGUCAUAGUUUAAUUUCGAGUCCAAAUUCAACGCAGGUGCGAACGCUUAGCGACAUCGCUGAACAAUAAGGUGUCAGCGCUGGUUUUUAUCCAUAGCCUUAUUGAUACGAUGGUAUUAUAAAGGACUGGCCUUAAAUUCUACCUGUAGAUUUCAAGGACUCUUUCUUGAGGAGUUUUUUGCGCUUUUGAUUACAGAUUUUUACAGCGAUACAUCAAAUCUAUCAAAGUUGUGUUCAUCGUUUCUUUCUUGCUUAUUCAAAAGUAGGUAUUGUCUUGACGGAAAGAAUUAAGCGAGGUUGGCAACAACUGGACGCUUAUUUGAUGAACUGAUUUUAAAAAAUUUUACUCCUUUGAUUUUGAUGUAACUUUUGUCAUGGAGUGCAGGUCGCAAACAUUUUGCAUCGAGUUUUCCCACAAAGCUAAAUCAGAGGAUGGUGAAGACCCUGUGAAGCCCAAGUUGUGAAAUAUUUAUGCAUGUACCGCGGUAGCGAGUGUUUAAAAAACAAGGCCAGGUAAUGCUGUGACAUUACCGACUCUUUUUUUGUAUUUGUCGAUGAAUUUCAAUUUCUUGUUACAAGCAGCAAACCAUAUUUUAUCUUUAUUUGAUCACGUGAACGAUUACUUUAUUUAUUUUUCCUGAUCAAUGCACCUACGUUAUUGAAUUUAAUGA